UGCAGAACUCUAGGUCGGCCUUCCUGCUUCUGGCCAUGGACUGCCCCGGUUGCCUGCCUCUGCUCCUGAUGGGAACAUUUGUGGCAGUCUUUCAGCCAACUCUGACCCAGCCUGACGCAUUCUCAGUCUUCCCAGGCCAAGACGCCCAUCUCAGCUGCACCAUUAAUUCCCAGCACGCCACCGCUGGAGACAUCGGGGUGUCGUGGUACCAGCAGCAGCCAGGAAGUGCUCCCCAUCUUCUCUACUACUACGCAGAAGAGGAACACUAUCGGCCCGCUGACAUCCCCGACAGAUUCUCAGCUACCGUGGAUGCAGCCCACAACGCCUGUAUCCUCACCAUCAGCCCCGUGCUCCCAGAGGAUGACGCCGAUUACUUCUGUUCCAUCGCCCACACCUUUGAACCCUAG